AUGGCUUCUAAUAAAAUUGAUGAUCUUCUUCAAUGUCCAAUUUGUCUUGAAGUUUUCUAUGAUCCCAAAGUCCUCGAUUGUCAACAUACUUUUUGUAACAAUUGUUUAAAAGUACAUUUAGCAGCAUCAGCAAGAAUGUUUAGUACAACAAAUUCAGUUGAGUGUCCUAUAUGUCGUCGACGAACAAAUUUAAUUAAUAAUUCCAUUGAUAGUCUUCCUGGAAAUUAUAUCGUACGUGAUAUAAUUGAACGUCAAUAUGGCACUGCAAGUCCUGAACGCCCACCUGGUUAUACUCAACAAAUUCGUGAUCGAAUACAAAAACUACAAAAUGGCGAAGAAAAAGAAAAAGAAAAAGAAAAGGAAGAGGAAACUGAUUAUAUGGAAUAUUUAAAACCUGCAGCUGCGGCUCUUGUUGGUGUACUUGGUGGUUUACUUUUAGCAAAAGGUGUUAAAAAAUUAUCUGACAAUAAUAAAAAACAUGAUGGACAUUGA